AUGCCUCCGCCCGGACGCCUCUGCCCGCGGAGGGGGUGUGGCGCCCCCCUCCUGCUCCUGGGGCUGCUGCUGGCCCUGCCGCCCGUGGCCCAGGGGCUCCCCGAUGUGGGCCUCUCAGCUGCGCAGACUGCCCCUCAGCACCCCCAGAAGCACUUCGCACCAGGCACCCUCAAACCUGCCGCUCACCUCGUUGGCGACCCCGGCGCCCGGGACGCGCUGCGCUGGAGGGCGGGCGCCGGCCGCGCCUUCCUCCGCGGCUUCGCGCUGCGCAACAACUCGCUGCUGGUGCCGGCCGCCGGCCUCUACUUCGUCUACUCGCAGGCGGUGUUCGCCGGCCGGCGGCCCGGGCCGCUGCUGCUGGCGCACGCGGUGCUGCUGUCCUCCGCGCGCCACCCGGCCGCCGUGCCGCUGCUGAGCGCGCAGGCCUCCGUGCGGCCCGGCCCGGCGCCCUGGCUGCGCUCCGUGUUCCGCGGCGCCGUGUUCCUGCUCGCGCGCGGCGACCGGCUCUCCACCAGCACCGACGGCGUCCCGCACCUGCUCCUCGCGCCCAGCACCGUCUUCUUCGGAGCCUUCGCUCUGUAG